GGCGUCCUGAAGGAAGAACCGCCGUUAUUUCUUGCUGUGAUGACAGAAAGCAGUGGUACCGGCAUAUGAACGUCUCAUUUUUGCUUUGCACACACCAAACCUGGACCUUUAGUGCAUAUUUCGACCGAAAUCCUCAACCCCUACAGACACGCAAAUACAAUUGUAAUACGUUCAUAUCCAGAAAGUUUCAUGUCGUUCAUUUACAGACAAAUGAAUCAUAUGAUGGAGACGGAGAUCCACGUGCCGGUCGGUUCGCCGACCAUCAAAAAAUAUCCGAUAUUCGUGGACGAGCAUAACGUGACGGAAGGAGCGAUGAAGCUGAUCAAAGAGCUCAGACCGGGAUGGGACCCGAACCUGGUCCGGACCAAGCUAUUCACAGAUGGCACGACUAACAAACUGGUGGGUUGUUAUGUGGAUGAAAACCCAGAGGACGUAGUGCUGGUGAGGGUCUACGGCAACAAGACGGAGCUGAUCGUGGACCGAGACAACGAGCUCAAGAGCUUCCAGGUUCUGCACGCCAACGGAUGCGCUCCCAGUCUUUACUGCACCUUCCGAAACGGGAUCUGUUACGAGUUCAUGCAAGGACGCGCUCUCGAUACUCAAGACGUCAGGGACCCUGUGUUACUCAGAUUGAUCGCUGGGGAAAUGGCCCGCAUUCACGCCAUCCACGCUCACAAUGGCUGCAUCCCCAAAUCCAACCUGUGGAUUAAAAUGCGCAAGUACUUCUCACUAGUGGCCACGGAGUUUACCGACCAAGCCUCCAACAUCAGAAUCCAACAGGAAGUGCCCAGUCAGGAAGUGCUGGAACAGGAAAUGACAUGGAUGAAGGAACACCUGUCACAGCUGGGUUCUCCGGUGGUACUCUGUCACAAUGAUCUGCUCUGUAAGAACAUCAUUCAUAACGCUAAAGAAGGUCACGUUCGGUUCAUCGAUUAUGAAUACUCGAGUUAUAACUACCAAGCGUUUGACAUUGGAAAUCAUUUCAAUGAAUUUGCAGGCAUGAGUGAAGCAGACUUUAAUCUCUAUCCCAGCAUGGAGAUGCAGUUAGAUUGGCUACACACUUACCUGCAGGCCUACAAACUCUUUACCAAAAAAGGUGAAGAUGUCAGUCAGCGGGAACUGGAGACGCUCUACGUGCAGGUCAACAAAUUUGCUCUGGCCUCACAUUUCUUCUGGGGUUUUUGGGCCCUGAUCCAAGCCAAGUACUCCACCAUCGAGUUUGACUUCCUCGGGUAUGCCGUGCUACGUUUCAAUCAAUACUUCAAGACCAAACCUGCAGUGAUGGCCCUGGAGAUUCCCAAAUCAGAAAACUGAGGGUACAGCAUCAUUCACUGUUUGAUCGUCGAAUCUGAGAUGUUUUCAGCCAGGGGUGGGUAGGGGGUACCGCAAGGGCAAGUACUGGGAAUCCUCCUACUUUUGGCUUCGAACUUAUACUGUAUGCCAUAUCUCAUUUUCUUUCUCAAACACAUGAUGCACCUUUUCUAGUUUUCCAUCAAAUGUGUUUUAUUUACUACUUAUUUAUUGUUUUGAAGGACCUCAUUGCACCAUUUAGUUAUUUGGUACUUCUUGCUCAUCUUUGGCGGUUUGAGAGACAUUUCCGAGUGAUUUGCAGUGAAGGGGUCACGCGGUGACAUUUAGCGAGGGGAUAGGGUCAUGCUGCGGGCUUCGGAUACAUACAGGAUGCUCAUUUCAUCAUUCUCUUGUCAAAAUGAUACAAUGAUUGCAAUGACGAAUGCUCGCAGACCCAAAUAUGCUUUCGUAAAGAUUGCCUCCAAUAUGGUUUUUAGAGCCAGUUAGGAGUGACUGAAGAACCAGAUGGUUACCAAGGUGAAAAUCCUGCACUUUUACGCACUUGAGCAAGAUUAGUGCCCUUUGUACGUCACUUUAACUAAAUGCCAAGUAACCAUUCGUCUAAAUCUUGACUUCACUCCAGACAUUCCCAAGAAGUCAGGGCCAUCGUGUCUCCAGGACCACGUUUCCACCUCUUUAGCUUUUAUGGCUGUUAGACGUUCUGUUGAAUUUUCCACUCGUCACAGACCGUGGCGUAUGACCACCUGCUCACCAGCCGCCACCUCCCGUGUGUUUGCAUCACCUGGCAGAGACCAAACUGAGAUUUAAAAGUCAUUAUGUGCUGAAUAAUCAUCCUAACUACAUUAAACAUCAAUGUAAUGGCUUUUUAAAAAUAAAUAGGAGAUAAAAUGGACGUAACAGGCAUGCGUAGCUCGGUUCGGGUCACCAUCUGUGAAGUCUCUUGCAGAAUAAAUAAUAGACCAGAUUAUUGUAUUUAAGUUAAAAUUAUUAAUUGCGCACUAGAGUUUGUCAUCUAAUGGCAGGUUUUCAAAAAUUACAAAAAAUUGAAUUACAUUGCAUCUAGUUCUUUCUAAUAGACAUGCUAUCAUUUCAUGCUUAUCAGACUUCUCUGACAAGUUUUGUAGAUUAAGUUAUUUUCAUAAAAUAAUUCGUCCAUUUCUAUGUCAUACAUUCCAGUAGAAACUUUCCAAAAGAGCACAGACAAACUUUUUUUUUUUUUUUUUAAGAAAACUUGCAUUUGGGUGAAUUGCACAGAACCUGUCAAGAAUGUGUCCCACUCAACAAGAUCCUAAAGUUUCUCUUUAGUUUUGAAAUGAAAUGUUUAGCCGUCUGGGGUCGGUAGAAAGUGUCCGGCAGCUUUUUUAACCCAAGUGUCCUUUCACCGGCUGACCUCAUGUGUCAAUAGUACAGCAUACAGUGGUACUGAUAAAAUAACACGGCAGCGUUUUCUGAACGUCCUGAAACAGAGACCGAGGUCACGCCGAAUAUCUGACGUGUGUUUGGCUCUGCGUCAGAUGCAGGUUAAUAAUGAAACGCUUUGAGCCGCAGGCGACGAUUGAAACCACGAGCCCCCUAACAAACCCAUGAAUAAUUUUGUAGGUGAUGUUUCUGUGAUGAGCUUAAACUGCUCACUAAUGAUAUUAUUUGUUCACAGUUACAAAUGAUGCGCUAAUGUCCCGUGCACUAUUACUCCCAAAAAACAAAAUAGGAUAUUUUGCAUUAAGAAAUUUAACGUUUUGCCUUUUUUUAUUUCCGCACACAUUUCUGAGAUCCAGUAAUACAAAUCAUCUUGACACAAGAUUGGUAUAAAUUCAAUGAAAUUAAACACUAAAACUUUUUAAAUGUACUAAAAAUGUAUAAAUAUAUUUAUUUUAAGUUGUCUACAUACAACCUGGACACAUUCUUGACCAUUUGUAAGGUUUCAUCUUUUAAUGCAUUAUUGCUCUCUGUCACUGGAUGGUUCAGCAUUACUGCUAGUAAAAAAUAAGUAAAUCAUUUCAAUGUACAUUGCAUAUUGUACACAUGCAUGAAGGACAACAUGAAUUCAUGAACAGUGCAAUGGCAAGAUGUAGAAAUGUGGAUGUUCAACCAAGAAACUUCGUUUGUAAAAUAUGAAUAUGAAGUAAUGUUGCUUUAACUGUUAAGGAUGUGAAGGAAUCUGAAGGGUUAACAAACACUCAAUUUGUUCAUUAUUGAUCUCGGUUUCUCACUUUAAUAUCCAGAUCUGACAUUUCAGUGUGACCACAUCUUGGGAAAUAAAGGUUUAUAGUGAAACUCAUCCAGAAAUUGUGUAAUAAAAAUGUACCUUUACUAACCUCUGUUCUUUAAGGGACCUUUACAGCAUGUUAGGAUUUUUGUUUAGUUUGUACAGAAAACAUCCCAAACAUGUCGACUUCACAGCUCAUGUUUUAUUUAAGAGCAGUUCUUUUGUGAAUGUACUGAAGUAAUAUGUACAGAUAAUCUUUCAUUUCUCUCUUUUUUAUUUUUUGUAUAUUUAACAAAACUGGAAGUGUGAUAAGUGAGAUGUGUUUGUAUUUGCUGUUCUCCAGCAGAGGGCGCUACUGUGCUGCGGUGAUUCUUUGAGUAACCAUACUGUAAAUACUGUGAAAAAAAUACUGUACAAUGUUUUCACUUCAACUACAAGGGAGAGUAAUUUAACAUUUGUUCAAACUUUUUCCAUUAAAAACGUUGGAUCUGUCA